CGGCCUCACUAGGCUGCGGGCCGCCCCGGGAGCGGCGGGGAGGCUCGAGCUCGGCGCGGGACUACUGGGCCGGCGCUGCUGGGAGUGGGAGAAGGGCGCGGGAGGUGGGGGUUUCGGGGGUGGGCACUGCGCACGCGCUGGAGGCGGCCCUGGGUCUUCGGGCGGCGGCGUGGCGGCAGGUGUGCUGUAGCAUCCCUGUCACGUGGCCGCUGGACCCUGCACCUGGCUGGGGCGGGGCUGGGGCGGCCACACCUCCUCCGCCCUAGAAGGCGGGGACAUCGCCCCAGAGAUCACCACCACCACCACCACCCCCCGGGUGGGCGGGGAAGCACCUUUCAAACUAGAGGAAGUCUUGGGAGGACACUUGUUACCAUGACAGUAAGCAGGGAGUUGGUGCCCCAAGAGGCAGAGGUCCAGAUGGAGAUGGAGGAGUUGGGGACACCUUAGGGGCACCCCAGACGAGAACUGGAAGCUAUGGAGUGAGGGCAAUGGGUGCACAGGCCUGUGGGCUCCAGCCUGGACUCUGCCCCAACGCGCAGUGACAGCACCCAGGCCAUCCCCAGGUCGCUGUGCCUCGCUCAUCGCCCCGGUGACCCCAAGCCUCAGGCCUCUGGUCUACCGCAGGAUGGGCCUCUCUGCCCGGGCCCCGCGGUGGGGGGCCCCCGGGCUGCUCCUGGCCAUCGCCCUGCACCCCGCGCUCUGCACCCCGGCCUCGGCCUCGUUGCCCCCAGCCCGCCGGGACUACUGCGUCCUGGGCGCCGGGCCCGCGGGCCUGCAGAUGGCUUACUUCCUGCAGCGCGCCCGCAGGGACUACGCGGUGUUCGAACGCGCGGCCAGGCCCGGCAGCUUCUUCACGCGCUUCCCCAGACACCGCAAGCUCAUCAGCAUCAACAAGCGGUACACGGGCAAGGCCAACGCCGAGUUCAACCUCCGCCACGACUGGAACUCUCUGCUCAGCCACGACCCGGGCCUGCUCUUCCGACACUACUCCGGUGCCUACUUCCCCGAUGCCAGCGACAUGGUGCGCUACCUGGGAGACUUUGCCGACCGGCUGGGCCUCCAUGUGCUCUACAACACCACCGUUGAGCAUAUCACUCUGGACAAGGACCGCCAGGCCUGGAAUGGCCAUUACUUCAUCCUGACCGACCACAAGGGCCAGGUAUAUCAGUGCAGCGUCCUCUUCGUUGCCACUGGUCUGUCGCUGCCCAACCAGGUGGACUUCCCUGGCUCCGAAUAUGUGGAGGGAUACGAGUCUGUGUCCGUGGACCCCAAGGACUUUGUGGGGCAGAAUGUGCUGAUCCUGGGCCGUGGGAACUCGGCCUUUGAGACGGCGGAGAACAUCCUGGGAGUCACCAACUUUGUCCACAUGCUGAGUCGCUCCCGGGUCCGGUUGUCCUGGGCCACGCACUAUGUGGGAGACCUCAGAGCCAUCAACAAUGGCCUGCUGGACACCUACCAGCUCAAGUCCCUGGACGGGCUUCUGGAGUCUGACCUGACGGAUCUGGCCAUUGUGAAGGACCGCCAAGGCAAGUUUCAUGUCACCUUGAAGCUCUUCCUGGAGGAGACCAACCAGAGUGCUGAUGCCAUCCCCCUCCCCCAGGAUGACAAUGACAACUUUGCUAUGCGUGUGGCCUACGACCGGGUCAUCCGCUGCCUGGGCUGGAACUUCAACUUCUCCAUUUUCAACAAGUCCCUCAGACUCUCUUCUGGGGGUGAAUUCAGCAAGAAGUACCCCCUGGUCAGACCUAGCUACGAGUCCAAAGGAAGCCGGGGUCUCUUUGUCCUGGGGACCGCCAGCCACUCAGUGGAUUACCGGAAAUCCGCUGGGGGUUUCAUCCACGGAUUCCGAUACACAGCACGUGCUGUCCACCGCCUGCUGGAGUGGCGCCACCAUGGCGUGGCCUGGCCCUCCACUGAGUGCCCCAUCACACAGCUGACUGCCUCCAUCAUCCGCCGCGUCAACGAGGCCUCUGGGCUGUACCAGAUGUUCGGCGUGCUGGCAGACAUCGUCCUCUUGAAGGAGAAUGCCACAGCCUUUGAGUACCUGGAGGAGUUCCCCAUGCAGAUGCUGGCCCAGCUGGAGACAGUCACAGGCCGGCAGGCCAGGCACGGGCUUUUUGUCAUCAACAUGGAAUACGGCAGAAACUUCUCUGGACCCGACAAGGACGUGUUCUUUUAUGACCGGUCGGUGGGGCACACGGAGGAUGCCUGGCAGUCUAACUUCCUGCAUCCUGUCAUCUAUUACUACAGGCACCUGCCCACUGAGCAAGAAGUGAGGUUCCGCCCCGCAGACUGGCCGCUUCCCCGACCCACGGCCAUCCACCACAUCGUGGAGGACUUUCUGACAGACUGGACCGCUCCCCUGGGGCACAUCCUACCUCUCAGGCGCUUCCUGGAGAACUGUUUGGACACAGACUUGCGAAGCUUCUAUGCAGAAUCCUGCUUCUUCUUCGCCCUAACGCGCCAGAAGCUGCCACCCUUUUGCCAGCACGGCUACCUGAGGACCCAGGGGCUGGUGGGAACCGAGCGGCUCCGGCAGCACAGAGUGGCAAGUGGGCUCCUGCGGACCUCCCCUGCUGCAGGCAGGCGCCCAGGGGAGGGCAGGCGGCAGCCUGGCCAUCCCAAGCCCACACGUCACUUCCUGACUCCAGGGCCUCCUGGCCAACCCCACGACAGCAACAAGGAGGAGCUGUGACUGACUGGGGCUCUGCCCACCCAGGCCCACGGUCAGCCCUCCAGCCCGCGGCCCCAUGCUCCCACUGGCGUGGGACUGGCAAGGACUGGCAGAUCAGCGCAGGGACUGCUCCCAAGCCCGAAGGGCUGAGGUGUGGCAUAGCAGCAGUCCCAACCCUCCUUGCCACUGGAGGGUGUCCAGAGGUGUGACCUGGGGAGGGUUAUCCUCUGCCAGGUAGAGCUGCCUUCUGCAGCCAGGUCUGUCAGCAGCACACUGGCCUCAGUGCCCACAAGUGCCUGGGCCUUCCUUUCCUUCUGGUCUGUUCUUCAGAUGAGCCUGGACCACCUCCCCUGACCUCAGAUGGGGAACCCCACCUUCAUAAGCAAAGUUUCCUGUCAGCACCAGACUGUCACUGCUCCAGGCCUGCUUCUGCAGGUAGAGACAGAAAGACGGCAGGGAAAGUGCCGCAGCACCGGGAGCUGGACCCGUAUCUCAGUCACGUGCCUGACAGAGCAGGAGCCUCUGGGUGAACUAGCUCACUGGCUCUUCAUAAGGGGAUUUUUAAAAUGGGUUGUAGUAGCAGUUCAGAAGGUGGCAUAGUGGCUAGAACUCUAGAGUUACAGGCAUAAGUUUGAUCCCCGGCUUUGUAUGUACCACAGUAAUGUUCUGGCUGUCUGCUUCUCUCUCUUUAUCUCUCCAUUUUUCAAACGAUCAAUCAAUAAGGCUUUUAAAGAAAAAUAGGUUCUGAUAUUCUCAACCAUGUGAGGCAGGUGGGACUGUGACCUCCAGUGAAGACCCCAGCUCAGAAACUUUAGAUGACUCAGGGUCCCCAGGGGAACCCUAAAAGCCUGCUCCAUGCUGCCUCUCUCUCCCCCUUCCUCCCUGCUCCAUGCUGCCUCUCCCUCCCCCCUUCCUCCCUACUCCAUGCUGCCUCUCCCUCCCCCCUUCCUCCCUACUCCAUGCUGCCUCUCUCCCUCUCCCCUUCCUCCCUACUCCAUGCUGCCUCUCUCCCUCCUCCCUUCCUCCCUACUCCUUGCUGCCUCUCCCUCCCCCUUCCUCCCUACUCCAUGCUGCCUCCCCCUCCUCCCUUCCUCCCUCUCUCCUAGUCCUCCAGGUUCAGAACUCAGAGGUGGGGUGGGGGGAAGCUGCCUACUUUGUUGUGAGCCCAGCAGACUAUCCUCAGAGAGAAACAGGACAACUCCCUGCAAAGCCAGCCUUUCUUAGCAGAUCACGCACACACACACACACACACACACACACACACACACACACACACACACACACCCCUUCUCAUCUUGACCUGUGUGUCUGCUUUUUCAGCCUGCUGUCCAACCUUUCUGCCCUCUGAUAUCUUGGUCAGCACUCCACCUCACACCUUCCCAUCAAGGUUUGCAAAAUGGUCACCAGUCUGUGGUCCAGAGCUGAGGGGGUGCCGUUUGCUCAGAGAAGCUCCGUGUGUAAGGCGGUCUCUGUAAGAUUCGGAGGAUGAAUUCAUUGUCCUGUUCCCUGUGCUGUGCUGCCGCUUCUUCCUUGCCCUUCCUCGCAGGGAUCUGCUCCCUUACUACCCUCUCACCUGGCAUUUUAAGUUGGCCACGGAGUAGUGAGCCGUGGGAAGGCCUGAUGGACAAGAUGAGGGCAGUGAAUGCCUGGGAUCAUCAGUGUUCGCCUUCUCGCUGGUUCUUACUAGACCUUCAUGGAGCCACCAAGAACUCAUGGGGCUCAGGCUUUGUGCAUCCUUUUCUGGAAACAUCCUUUCUUCAAACAUUCUUUAACUGUAGGCCCACCAUCUAUCAAUAUCUGCAGAUGAUCCCCUGUCUGGACCUUUGCAGAAUUGCGACACGAAUCUCCAGCGACCUGAGACUUCUCUGGAGGCAGGCUUCACACACACACACACACACACACACACACACCUCUGACAUGGGCUGUACAGGAAUGAAACUUUUAAAUUAAUAAUAUUUUUUUAAUUUAAAUAAAUUGAAUCCUACCAGUCACCUUUUUCCAAGACCCUCUUAAAAAUCAUAUUUAGAGGGGUCCUGGCUGGGUGCAUACGCUGCCACCUGUCAGGACCCGGAUGCAAGCCCCCUGCUCUCCACCUGCAGAGUGGAAGCUUCAUGAGAGGCGAAGCAGUGCUGCAGACUUCUCCCUCCCUCCCUGUCUCCCCCUUCCCUCUUGAUUUCUCUGUAAUAAAUAAGAUAUUAAAAC